AUGGCCAGCUCGUUCGACGACGCCCGUCGCGAGCGGCACGCACGGGAGCUCGAGGAGAUGACGUUGCUCCUGCGCUUUCCGUUCGGCUGCGGCCCUCUCGUCGACUCUCACCGCCGCUGCAUGGAGGCCCACAGAGACUGGCGCCCCUGCGACGCUCUGCGGGAUACGCUGGAUACCUGCGUCGAGGCUGGCGAGCGCCGGCGCUUUCGCAUCCUCGGCGCGUGCUCGCGGUGGAAGCGACUAUACGCAGCGUGUGUGCUCCACGCUGGCGAGGUAACUGCCGCCACAGCACAGCCUCACGACCGCCACUUCCCUCCCUGCCGCCCAAGUUGCAACCUCCCUCCCUGCCGCCCCACGCCGGAAUGCAGCUCGACUGCGACGAGUCGCUGCUGCGCUUCCAUCGCUGCGUGCUGGAGUCGGCAGAGCCCCCAGAGACGGCAGGUACUCGAUGACGGCAGGGGGAUGCGUGGGCUCCACACUCGUGUUUGUGUUUGGACUUUGGGCCUCCGCUCGCCAUGGCCGCUUGCGCCGGCCGC